UGCGAAUCGCACUGGUUUGGUGGUAAAUCGUCACGCAGAGAGCGGUUGUCUUGUUCUGUCUUAUUAACCGAACGCUUCUCGUACGCCAAAACUACUAACCCGCUGCCAACGUAAAUACUAGUUUUCACUGUACCAGGCCUCCGUUUCAGCAAGCGUGUUUAGUGUCUAGUGUCAGGAAAUAUGAUGGCUAACUAUUCAUUUAACAUGGUUUCUUCGAAGGAAACCACUGAAAUCAAGACCACCGAUGAAUCAUUUCUUCUGAACAUACCAUUACCUGCAGAAUCAUGUGCAGACGAUGGCACUGACGGCUCUCGGAUGGAAACCACUGAAAUCAAGACUAGCGAUGAAUUAUUUCUUCUGAACAUACCAUUACCUGCAGAAUCAUGUGCAGACGAUAGCAAUAACGGCUCUCGGAUGGAAACCACUGAAAUCAAGACCAGCGAACCUCUUCAGACCACACCGUACAGUCCGUACCGUCCGUACCGUUCAUACCGAUCGUACAUGUACCGUCCAUACCGCCCGUACACUCUGUACCGUCCGUGCCCAGAAUCGCGUGCAAACUAUCACAACAUUCGUAACAAUGGCUCUCGGAUGGAAACCACUGAAAUCAAGACCAGCAAACCUCUUCAUACCACACCGUACCGACGGAACCGUCCAUACCGUCCAUACACUCUGUACCGUCAUUACCCAAAAUCGCGUGCAAACUAUCGCAACAUUCGCAAAAAUGGUAAGCCCGCGGGUGCGGGUUUAAUAAAGCGCCGCGGAAACCGCAAGUCGCAACUUGCACGCGUGAAACGUCGUGAGGCUAGAGCUGCGGCUAGAGCUGCGGCUAGAGCUGCGGCUAGAGCUGCGGCUAAACCUACUAGUGUUGCGGCUGUGGCUGAAACUGCGACCGGGUUUUCACCAAGCACCGUAUCGACUACAGGCAAACUGGAUAAAAUUUGGAAGUACUGCAGGUACAUCGCAACCAAACACCCCGGAAAAUGA